UGCUAGUCACUCCUUCAGACAGACAAACAAAAAAAUACUCCGUACUACCAAAAGAUUCUUCCAGCGUAGUCAACAGUCAAUUCUCUCACCCUUUCUCUCUCUACAAAGAGAACAGGAAAAAUAAAAUAAAAAAGGGUGGAUCGAGGUGAGGGAUGAGAGUGAAGCUAAAGGAGAUGAGAUCAGAGACGUUGACUCUGAUACUGGUGAAUCUGGCAGGGAUUAUGGAGCGGGCCGACGAGUCUCUACUACCGGGAGUGUACAAGGAGGUUGGGGCGGCCCUACACACCGACCCAACGGGUCUGGGCUCACUCACUCUCUUCAGAUCCAUUGUGCAGUCCUUGUGUUACCCACUCGCCGCUUACCUGUCUCUGCGUCACAAACGUGCCCACGUCAUCGCCCUCGGCGCUUUUCUUUGGGCUGCCGCCACCUUCCUCGUUGCUGUCUCCUCCACUUUUUUACAGGUGGCAGUUUCAAGAGGUCUGAAUGGAAUAGGACUUGCCAUAGUCACACCAGCUAUUCAGUCCCUUGUUGCUGAUUCAACUGAUGAAAGCAACCGCGGUCUGGCUUUUGGAUGGCUACAAUUGACCGGGAACCUCGGCUCAAUUAUAGGUGGCCUAUGUUCACUGCUAAUAGCUUCAACAUCAUUCAUGGGUAUCCCUGGUUGGAGAAUUGCAUUCCAUCUUGUUGGGCUUUUAAGUGUUGUAGUUGGCAUUUUGGUCUACUUCUUUGCCAGUGAUCCCCGCUUUUCUGAUGGUGAUGGUAAAGCUAGAGUUCAGAAUCCACAUAAACCCUUUUGGUCAGAAGUGAAGGACAUGAUUAAAGAAGCAAAAUCAGUUAUUAGAAUUCCAUCUUUUCAAAUAAUUGUGGCUCAAGGUGUCUCUGGAACAUUCCCCUGGUCAGCUUUGUCAUUUGCCCCCAUGUGGUUGGAGCUUAUUGGCUUCUCCCACAAAACAACAGCAUUCCUCUGGACCCUCUUUGUUAUUGCUGCUUCACUUGGGGGUCUGUUUGGAGGGAAAAUGGGGGAUAUACUUGCCAAGCGCUUACCAAACACGGGCAGAAUAAUUCUCUCACAGAUAAGUGCUGGUUCAGGCAUCCCUUUUGCAGCAAUACUGCUGCUCGUGUUGCCUGAUGAUCCUUCAACGGCAUUCAUGCACGGUUUAGUCCUUUUCAUCAUGGGAUUAACCAUGUCUUGGUGUGCUACGGCCACAAACAAUCCAAUAUUUGCAGAGAUAGUUCCUGAGAGAUCACGAACGAGCAUCUACGCUUUGGAUCGGUCUUUUGAGACCAUACUAUCAUCAUUUGCUCCCCCUGUGGUUGGUAUUUUGUCACAGCAUGUUUAUGGUUAUAAACCAAUUCCAAAAGGAUCAACAGAUUCAGAAGAAAUUGAAACCGAUAGAAAAAAUGCUGCAUCACUUGCCAAGGCACUUUACACGGCUAUAGGCAUUCCAAUGGCAAUCUGUUCCCUCAUCUACUCCUUCCUCUACUGUACAUAUCCAAGAGACAGGGAACGGGCAAGAAUGGAUGCUCUAAUAGAGUCGGAGAUGCAACAGAUGGAAUCGGAUAAUCUUCCUUUCGGAGAAGAAUACUCUCAACUUGUUCAUGUCUCUGAAUCAGAUGAGCUACACGGAAACGAAAGAAGUGUGAUUGAAAUAGAUUAUGAAGGAGGGGAAAUCCUUGAUCUUGAUGAAAAUGAUGAGAAGAGACUACUUUCCAACCAGUCGACAUUCUCAGAUCUAGGCAAGUAAUAAACUCAAAUCCAUAGAAGCUCAUUGUGCAAAUCAGGUUCCUUCUUACCAACUCAAAUGACAUUUAACCUUCACCACUACGUGUUUUUUCUAACUUGGUAUGUGGUCAAAUAGCCCCUUUUGAGUUUAUAUUAAAAGGUUCUUUUCAUGUUGUCGCCUUAUAUUUAUUCAUGCUCCGUAUAUCUGAGAGAGAAGCAGGUAAGAUAAUUGAUUUUUUUUUUUUUUAGGUCACCCAGUUUCACCGUUUGAUUUUCUAAACUCUUGUACCAUGACCUGCUUGUAUUUUCUAUGACUAUUUAUUUUCGUGCUCCGUAGAUGCAUGUUGUUCCACUAUUAAUAGAACUGUAUGUAUCGCCAUGUAGCAUGAAUAAAUGAAAGAAAGCAGUGUACUCCCUGGUUAAACUCUUUUCAUUAAUUUUGAUAUUUUUUUGCCCUUUUUUAAUUUAAUGAUCAUCUGUCUUUAUUCUCUUUUUUUCAAUUUUUGUCAAGGAUAGGCCAUCUUUCUUUUUUCACUAUGGGCAUAAAAAGCAUGUCACAGUCCUCGGAUGAUUAAUUAGGGUCAUCCAACUAAUUAAAGUUGUGAAAAAAAAAAAAAAAAAAAAAAAAACAAAACAAAAAUGUUCUAACUCUUUCAGACAAUAGAUAACAUUUAAUGGUUACCCAAAGAGUGAGGAAUAUUUUUUUUUUUUACAAGUCCAAAGGGUGAGGAAUAUUGAAGGAGGAAGUCAUCUUCCCCUAUUUAAUUUAUUUAUUUUUUCUUUUUUUGAUUUUACAUUGGAUUAUUAAAAAAGAGUAUCUUUUAUUUGCUAAAUGGUAUAAUAGUCAAAUCACAACUCUACAACCCAGGAAAAAAAUAAUAUUAAUAAUCACAACUCUACAACCCAGAAAAUAAUAAUAAUUACAACUCUACAGCCUGUACUCCGUUCAGGCAAUCGUGUUGUGAAACACUUUUAUUAUGUCAAGUUUGCUUCAAGCUUGCCUAUGUCAGGGCCUCCAACUGGUAUUAAAAACAUAGGUGUUACUUUGGGUGGCAAAAAUUGACACGAUUCAAACACGACUCGAGUUAAACGGAUUUUGGUUGACCCUAAAUGAAUUCCGGUCAUAAACGCGUCAAUAUGAUUACCUCGUUUAA